AUGCUCUUGCUGACAUUUGACCUGCACGCGAGCGUCUGGAUGUCCAUCGACACGCCUUGGCCCACGCCACUACUGGCAUCAGCACCCGCGUCCCCUCUGCCUCCGCAGCAACUUGUGGCGGCCGAGUGGACACCCAUGUACGUCCAGGCGCAUCUCGAAGCGCUCACAUCGGCGUCCUCGCACCGGGCAUAUCUGCACCACUUGUACAGCUUGCGGUGGUGGCUUCUCGUCGAGACCCACGGCCAGGAUCUCUUGCGUCUCCUCGGAACGUACCCGUGCAGCGCCAAGGACAUGCUCGUGCUUGCCGCGUUGCUUCGGUGCUUUGCCAGCGUGACGCCAACGCUCGGCUCGUCGCUCCUCAUGAGCCUCCUGCUGCGCCGCAAGAUGCGCGUGGUGCCGCUGCUUCGGCAGUGUCUCGCAUCCAACGCGCCGCUUUUCGACGCGACCAUGUGCUUGCUCUUGGCGAUGGCCGAAGCGUCCGUCGACCUCGCGCGGUUUGUCGCCGCCUUCCUCAUCGAUACGAACGUCCAUGCCAGCGCGCUUCUGACGGUCGCCGUCGCCGUCGACGCGGCCGUGGCGCUUCCAUUGCAGCGCGUCUGUUUGCGGCUCGUGGCGCGCCUCACACAGGUCUCGGGCGUCGACGCCGAGGCGUGGCAUCGCUUUGCGUCCGAGACGGUGCGCCCCGUGCUUCUCAGUAUUCUGCGCCCGCAUCGACGUGCCGACUCGUUCCAGGACAAGCGGCGUGUGCUCCACGCCCUCGAGUGUCUCUUGGCUCUGCCCAGCGACGAGGACGUC